CUGCUGAGGCUUUGGCCCAGAUUCCAUCCCCAUUCGGCAUCCAGUUCACUCUGAAACAGAGUCUAGGUCAUAGCCCAACUCAGGCACGUGGACCCCGGCGUGGCUUCAGCAGGACCUACAAAGAGCGUCAGAGAGGACAGGGCGCCUCAGGAUCUGGAGUCCCCCCCCAGCACGCUCUGUUGGGGCUCCUCAUGGUGUCUCAGAUCAUCAAGUGGUAUGUCCUGGCCUUCAUGCUGCUGCCCACGCACGCUUGGCUGAUUGUCCAGGACUGCGAGUGGAACGUGGUGCUCAACAGCCACGAUGACCUGGGUGGGGAGAAGAAAGUCUUCCACGAGCAGCUGCCGGUGCACAGCGGCAUCACCGUGUUUCACAACCUCACCGACUCGCCCGUCAACCUGACCAACAAGAACUCCCACUACUUGGCCUUUCCGUACUACCUGAAGAUCAACCUCACCUGCACCAAACAGGACACUAAGAGCGUCAUCCGCCAAGCUUUCCUCAACGGAUUGAACCCGGUGGUGACCGUGACCUUCGAAGAGCCCAUCGACAACCUGCUGCAGAAAGCUGAGCAGCUGCAAAUCGAGAUGGAAGCUGCCCCUUAUAGGAUCCCAGGGCUGUGCGACAGCGAGGAGGUAUGUCACAUGAGCUGGUUCACACCCAUGCCCAUCAUGAAUGGGAGCGUCGACAUCCUGGUGGAAAGCAACGGUCUUGGCCUCGACAUAGAGGAAAAGAGGUUCUUCAUCAACAUCAAUGGAUACGUGAGGAACACCCACAAAGGCUUGCAGUCAUCCAUCGGGCAAGUGGUGCCUGAUUUGGGAAGGAUGUUGAUGCUGGGCCAGCCGUCGCGGCCCAUCUGGAGCACGUACGAGAAAGCCCCCGUUCGGGUGCUCGGGGAUUUCCCCGACCACAAGGUCAUCCUGCUGUCCAACACGGAGUUCUCCGACUUCACCGCCAUCGAGGUGGCCAUUGACAGCUGCUGGAUUGGGUCCUUGGGCUGCCCCCAGGAGAAGUUCUCCUCCACCAUCUCAGACGCCAUCUCCCUGGAGUCCGUGCUCUUCAUCCGCCAGAACCAGCUGGUCUACUACUUCAUUGGCAGAUAUGCUGUCCUCCAAAAUACAAGAUUCGCAUCCACUGCCUGGAACCGGGUGCUGAACAACGUGUGCGUGGCCAAGCUGAACCCGGUGCCCUUCCCCUACGACGGGGAGUACAUCCUCGCCCUGGGGGGUGGCAGCAAUGAGGGCGAGGUCUAUAUCGGCAGCAUUCAAGAUACGUUCAUCACCUUCAACUCCCUCUUUUCCAGCAAGAAAGAGAACGUCUGCACUUUCCUGAAGACUUCUUGCCGUGUCAUCUGGGCCAUCUACCAAACUGAGGAUUCCUGCUUGACCCUGCUGGUGCAGGAGACUGAGAGCAACCAGUCCAAUUACUCCAUCGUGUCCUACAGCACAAGUACCGCUACGUUCAAGCUGCUGUACCACGUGCCUCCCUUCGUGCCCAAAGACACCAACCAGGGCUUCGUGAUGCUGGUGGGGCUGGAGGAGUACACGACCACCCCGCUGGUGCCCCGCGGCCUGUCCUACAGCCCGUUCAGCACCAUCUUCUACAUCUGGGGCAAUGUCAUCCUGCAGAGCUAUGACGCAAUGAACUACAUCUACCUCUCCGAGUUCCCGUCCCAGUCGCCCAUCAAGUACUUUGUGCAGUCCUACCGAGGCGACUUGGUCUGGGUGACUGAAUCAGAGGAGAUCUGGUUCUCACUGGAAGGCAGCUCAGUCAUCAGACGGGUAUAUCCCUCACAAGCUUGGAGCUCCUACUUCACAAUGCAGCUCCUGAUGGGCUCCAGGGACUUUGGCUUGAACGAGUCCUUCAUCAGCCUCUUCUUCAACAAGGAUGGGCUGCAUCAGCUGGUGUACAUCGUGGACCCAGAUGGCACGGGCAGGCUGGUCCAGAGGAAGUUCCCUCUCUCCACUCUCCUGCCCACCCUGUAUCUCAGUGAGCAACAGCACUACUGGGUCAUUGUCAGGCAAUUAGACUACAUCAGCUUCCCCGACACGUGCCUCUUCGCCAGCAUGCGCAUGCACGAGCUGCCAGCGCCGCAGCGCUUCACACGCAUGGAGCACUACCGUAUUUUGCCGCCCGAUGUCAUGGACGAGACUGGCUUCCACAACAACUUCUCCCUGAGCGUCUACCAGGGCCUCGUUUUCGAGCUCCUGUGGCUUCACACCGACUACAACCGGCCUUACGCUGACCCGGUCCAUGACCCGAUGUGGCGCUGGUGGAAGAACAAGCAGCAGUAUGAGGAUUACUACUUCUACGUGGCGAGCAACAGGAACUCCUCGGGCGGCGUCUACGUGAAGAUGAGCAGCUACACAAAGAGCUACGACCUGAUGCCCAACAACGAGCUGCCCGAGAAGAUCUACCUGGACAAGUACAACGAGUACAGCUUCUCCGUCUUCCUCAGCAUCACCACCACCGAGGAUGGCUCUCCCCCAUCUGCAAAGCCUCUGUGGGACAAGGGGCGGCCAGGCGCGGGUUCGAGAGGCUCUCCCAUCCUUGCCGCAGUUCAGAGGCUGGAGGAGAAGUCUCUGGAGUAUGUGUGGCUCACCGUGGUACUGGCCCACCCUGCCCACGUGGCCUCCACCCUGCAGCGCCAGGAGCUCAUGAACCGCGGCUCUUUGCUCUACAAGGUGACCAUCAGGGACAGGGGCCACUACCCGAGGCAGGAGCUCAGUGGCCUGAAAGCACUCACCAGCUCCAUGACGCUGAAGGUCAUGAACUCGGCACUGAACUGCCACCGUUACACAGGAACCGGUCUGCAGAUGCAGGGCUAUGAGGUUGUUCCCAUCUACAUCGGCUGCCCGCCGGGCAAGCGGCUAGCAUUCGACAUCACCCGCACCCUGCGCUACAGCGCCAAGAAGAACAACCGGUAUUACGACUGCAUCUCCAUCAACCCUGACAUGCCUUGCUUCUUCUUCGACGACAUCUUUUACCCCUUCUUCUUGAUUCAGGACAUGGUGACUGGCGAGUCAGGGCUCUUCCAUGGCAACUACACACUGAAGAUCAUCGGCGGGGGAGCCUACAAGGAGAACAUCCGCGAAUUCACUUAUGAUAAGGUCGAGGUUUAUAACCCCCGCAUCAAUGGCAGCCCCCCGCACUCGUUGAUCUGGACCCGAGCGGAUCUGACAAAACCCAUCAGGACCGACCCCAGCGGCCACAUCGUCCUGGCCGGGACCAACAACGGGAUCAGGUGGCUGUGCCGGCGGCAUUCUCCCUGCCACGAUAUCCUGCCCUCGGGGCUCCUCGCACCCGAUUACUACUUCCUGUUGGAGGUGACCAACAGGGGUGUGGACGAGAGCACGUACUGUGACUAUGACCUGGACUUCAUCAUCCAUGUCCAUGGGCUGCCCCUGAGCCCCGAACGCAAGUACUUCUACGUGAAGAUCACCAUGGCCAUCCUCUGGGGCCUCCUGAUCGUCUACAUCCUGUACCACGCGUUGGCACCCAAGAUUCGGGCCCUCUGGACCCGGCUGCUCCAGCGCCUGGAGGAUAUCGUCGUCCUCCGUUCAGAGUCCAUGUCCACCUUCUCAUCGCCCCACACCAGCUUCUCCUUGGACCCCGAGACGGGCGCCGAGUCCCCCCACAGCAACCACAGGAGCUCUGUCCCCCAAGUCCCAGCCUCAGACUAGGUCCCAGAGCUGCAGCCACCGGCACAGGAGACAGCAGGCACUUCUUGGGGCACAGGCCUGCCCCCCCAACUCCCCCAGACCCCUCGUUAUAUUCAAUAAAUGC